AUGAGGGCUGCAACAUUUUGUAUUGUAUUGGCACUAGCUGCAAUUGAUGACAUGCAUUUAUGUUCUGUUGAUAUCUCAUAUGCAUUCACCAAUGAGGACAUUGACAUCGAAAUCUACAUGAAGCAGCCUGAAGGGUUUGUGCAAUUUGGCAAAGAGUAUGUCUGCAAGCUGAACAAGUCUCUGUAUGGGUUAAAGCAAUCAGCACGGUUGUGGAGUGAGAAGCUCACCAAAGUCUUAUUGGAAAUAGGAUUCAAGAAGACCUACAGUGAUGCUUCACUCUUCAUCUUUGAUCGAGAUGGUAUCAAGAUCAUUCUGCCUGUGUUUGUGGAUGAUAUAACUCUUGCUUCGAGAUCUGAGGAGGCAUUGGACAAGUUUGUUGCUGAGUUGGCUACUCACUUUAAACUCAGGGACUUGGGACCAACCAAAUUCUUACUGGGUGUAGAGAUUGGAUGCAACAGGGCAGAGAGACAGUUGACCCUGUGUCAGCAUCAGUACAUUGUCAACAAGUUGGAGGAAUAUGGAAUGGCUAGUUGCACACCUGUUGGUACACUCAUGGUCCCUGGUCUGAAGUUGUCAAAGGAAGACUGUCCAACAACUCCAGAGGAAAAGGCAGAGAUGGAAAACAUCCCUUACAUUAGCACCAUUGGAUCCCUCAUGUAUCUGGCUACAAUGACCUGGCCUGAUAUUGCUUAUACAGUGGGAGUACUGGCAAGGUUCAAUUCCAAUCCAGGAAAACCGCAUUGGCAAGCUGUUAAGCAUUUGUUCCGAUAUCUGAAAGGCACCUUGGAUAUGAAACUGGUUUAUAGCCCUGACCCUGCAUUGGGGAAGGAAUUGUUUUGGACAUACAGUGAUGCAGAUUUUGGAGGGGAUAAGGAUAGAGGGAAGUCAACAACUGGGUAUAUGGUGAUAUUGGAAAGGGGAGCAGUGUGUUGGAGCAGCAAACUUCAGUCAAUUGUGACCACAUCAGCCACAGAGGCAGAAUAUGUUGCAGGACUGGCAGCAGGCAAGGAGAUAUGUUGGGUGCAGAACAUCUUGACUGAAUUGAGCUACCAUCCUGCUAAGCCUUCAAAACUCUACAUUGAUAACCAGUCAGCAUUGUCUGUGACCAAGAAUCCAGAGCAUCAUGGGAGAAUGAAGCACUUGGAUAUCUCAUUCUAUUGGUUAUGA